AUGUCAACAAUAAAUAAACAAAAUAAAAACAAAAGUGAUGCAGCACAUUUGCUGCAGAAGUGCAAUGCCAUGCCAGCAAGGGCUAACAAUGAAGACGAGGAUGAUGAUGAUGAUUAUGAGUUGGAUGCCAACGUCACGCUAACACCUAGAACUACCUCAUCCACAUCCUCAUCCUCAUCCUCGGUCUGCUCGGCAGCCUCAUCACCAACAUCCACAACAAUGCCCGCAGCUGCGCCACUUUGUAAAAUUUUCAUUGAUGAUUUGACAGAGCGUCGACGUUUAUGGCGUGUGCCCUGGUUCAUUUUCCUAAUGUGCUUUCUUCAGAUUACGCUGCACUUUUUUGCCUCCAAAGACUUGUGGGCCAAAUUGAUCUUCAAGCCGCAAUUAAAGCGCGAGUAUUGGCGUUUCCUCAGCUACAUGCUCGUGCACUCCGAUCAAUGGCAUUUGUGGAUGAAUGUGAUUCUACAGUGCUUUAUUGGCAUCUGCCUGGAGCUGGAGCACGGUCAGUGGCGUCUGGUGUUCGUUUAUGUGUCGGGCGGCGUUUGCGGUUCAUUGGCCAGCGGUUGGCUGAAGCCGCAUAUGCCGGUCGUGGGGGCCUCUGGAGGCGUCUAUGCCAUGCUGCUGAGCCAUAUACCGCACCUGGUUAAGAAUUUCUCGCAAUUGACGCAUCGCUAUGUGCGGAUAGCUGCCUUUGUACUCUUGUGCUUGGGCGAUGUGUGCCACACAAUAUUUCAUGUUCUCGUUAAGCACAAUCUGGAGCCGCGCAUCAGUCUGGAGGCGCAUGUGGCGGGGGGCGUGGCGGGCCUGGUUUGUGGCUUCAUCGUUUAUCGCCGGUUGCGGCGACCACCCCGGUGCUGCUGGCAGACCGGCAACAAUAAUUGCCUCUGA